GUUAACCAUACAUAAACAACUGUUUAGGAACGCCAAAACAUAAACAAGCCAAAAAGCGUGUGUUUCUGGUGGUUUGCUAGAUUUAUUUUAAUCAUUGUCAUGGCAGAUUACGCGUUGGCAAAAACAGGAAAACUGAAACUGAAAGGAGAGAAGGAGAAAAGCAAGAAGAAAAAACGGAAGCACAGGAAGCACGAAGAUGAUAACGGAGAAAAAGAUAGACAGUUGGACAUUUUAAAGCACGGUGGUUGGAAAGAAAUUGAUGGGUUCAGCGAACUAAAAGGCUCGGUAGCAAUCGAGUUUGGAAAUUCCGCAUAUGUGAAAGCCCUGGACAACGGUCUGUUUACUUUAGGAGCGCCUCAUGAUGAUGGCGACGGUCCAGCUCCCGAAGAAGUGCUCACGGCUAUCAUUGUUAGCGAGACGAAGAUCGCUUUGAAAUCGGGAUAUGGAAAAUACUUAGGGAUUGACAAGAAAGGGGUCGUCACUGGACGCUCGGAUGCGGUUGGUUCCAUGGAACAGUGGGAGCCGAUUUUUCAGGAAGGCAAACUGGCCCUUCUAUCUGCAAACGGCUCUUUUGUGACUUUGACUGAAGACGACUCCCUUGAGGCACUAAGCAAGACCGCGGGGCCGAGCGAAAUGAUAAGAAUUCGCGUCCAGGUGGAUGACGACGAAGCCACAGCCGCCAAGGCGGCGAGGAAAAACGAGGACGAAGGCGAAGUGUCUCAAGUAGAAUUAAAUUAUGUGAAAAAAUUCCAGAAAUUCCAAGACAAGAAGAUCCGAUUGUUCACCGGCGAAAUGGGAAAUUUGACCAAGGCGAAGGAAGAGGGCACUUUCCACGAAACAAUGCUGGACAGAAGAAGCAAAAUGAAAGCAGAUCGAUACUGCAAAUAAAUGUUUCUUUUAAUAAAUAUACGAUGCAGAGACUUAACUUUA